AGCUGGUCGGCGCAUCUGCUCGGACUGGCCGACGUCGACGAGGCCGGUUGCGGCGAGUCGAGACAACUGUUCGGCGAUCUGGUCGACGCCUAUCGGCAGAUCCUCGUCGGCCUCGGCGAGAACACGCAGCGGCAGGGUCUGCUGAAGACGCCGGAGCGCGCGGCCAAGGCGAUGCUGUACUUCACGAAAGGCUACGAGGAGCGCAUCUGCGACCUGCUCAACGGGGCCAUCUUCGACGAGGACCACGACGAAAUGGUGGUCGUGAAGGACAUUGAAAUGUUUUCCAUGUGCGAGCAUCAUUUGGUACCUUUUGUCGGCCGCGUCUCCAUCGGCUAUCUGCCCGACAAACGCGUCCUCGGACUCAGCAAACUGGCUCGCAUCGUCGAGGUCUACUCGCGCCGUCUGCAGGUGCAGGAGCGUCUCACCAAACAGAUCGCCGUCGCCCUCGCCGACGCCGUCCAACCGAAAGGCGUCGGCGUCGUCAUCGAGGCCACGCACAUGUGCAUGGUGAUGCGCGGUGUGCAGAAGAUCAACGCGGCCACCGUGACCAGCACGAUGCUGGGCCACUUCAAGGAGGAGCGCACGGUGAGAGACGAAUUCCUCGCCCUGAUCGGCAAACGCUGA